ACAAUAACCGCCCAGAACACCACCAUCAUGCCAUCUGUGAUCCUCUUACAGAGUUUGGCGCUAUGCGUCAUCACUUCCAUUUCGUGGUAUGUUUGGAGAAGGAUUGGGGUCAAGCAUCCAUUGGACGCCCUACCUGGCCCUCCCUCGCAGAAUCUAUGGAGUGGUAACUUGCCGCAGAUCUUCAAUCCCAACGGAUGGGAGUUCCACAAGAUGCUCGCCGAGACAUAUGGUCCUGUCUCGAAGUUUCAUGGGAUAUUUGGGGACAAAAUAUUAUAUGUUUUCGAUCCUAAAGCAAUGUAUCAUAUCAUUGUCAAGGAUCAGUACGUCUUCGAGGAGACGAGUAUGUUCCUCGAGACGAAUAAGCUGAUAUUUGGCAACGGGCUUUUGUCGACUUUAGGUGACCACCACCGGAAGCAGCGUAAAUUGCUAAAUCCAGUUUUUUCCACAAAUCACAUGCGUGAAAUGGUGCCCAUAUUCCACGAAAUCACUCAUAUGCUUCGGGACAAGAUUGCUGCUAAGGUGCAAGACGGUCCCCAAGAAAUUGACAUGCUAGACUGGUUCUCUCGGACUGCUCUAGAACUCAUCGGCCAAAGCGGCUUGGGAUAUUCCUUUGAUGCGUUAACAGAGGGAUCCAAGAAUGUAUACAGUCAAGCCGUGAAAAAUUUGGUGGCUGGAAUCUUCAGGUUGACCGUCGUAAGGCAGUUUUUGCCAUGGGCAGUUAAGAUCGGUCCACCAAGCUUUCGCGAAUUCAUCGUAAAACAUCAACCCUGGAAGACUUUACGAGAAUUCAAACAGAACGUGGAUAUCAUGACGGAGACAUCGUCUUCAGUCUUUGAGGCCAAAAAAAUCGCCAUUCAGAAGGGAGACGAAGCUGUUCUGCAACAAGUAGGUCAAGGGAAGGAUAUCAUGAGCAUCUUAUUAAAAGCCAAUAUGGGAGCAUCCGAAGAUGAUAGGCUGUCUGAUUCAGAGCUGCUCGGCCAGAUGUCCACAUUCAUUUUUGCCGCGAUGGAUACCACGUCUGGAGCUUUGUCGCGUACUCUGUUGACGCUUGCUGAACAUCCUAAAGCUCAAGCUCGGCUGCGUGAAGAAAUAAUUAAAGCCAGAGCUGACAAGGGUGAACUAGGCUUUGAUGAUCUGAUGAAUCUUCCAUAUCUUGACGCUAUUUGUCGAGAAACACUGCGAUUAUACCCGCCAGUUGGGGGUGUAUCUCGAACGACACGAAAGGACGUGAUUUUGCCAUUUUCGGCUCCAGUUCGCGGCGCAGACGGUAAAGCCAUACACGAAAUCUUGAUCCCAAACAACACAAAUGUCCUUGUUUCUAUACUUUCCUCCAACCGCAAUCCUGAGCUUUGGGGCGAAGAUGCGCUGGAAUGGAAACCAGAGCGGUGGCUUUCACCUUUACCACAGAAGCUCAUGGAAGCUCAAAUACCUGGUGUAUACUCGCAUAUGAUGACAUUCCUCGGUGGCGGAAGAUCCUGCAUCGGCUUCAAGUUCUCACAGCUUGAAAUGAAAGUCGUUCUAUCUUCGAUGGUCGAGACUUUCCAAUUCACACCGACCAAAGAAAUAGUCUGGACCAUGGGUCUAUCGGCACCGAGGGUCAAGGAUUCAAAGGACCCGAAGUUCAAAUUACCGGUCAUGGUUCAACUUCACAAAUCGUCCUAGGUAAUGACCAUGUGAGAGGUAUUUUGGGGCAUGGAUGAAGUGUCUUCGCGAACUAAUGUUGUCUUGUAACGAAAUUAUGUAUGAUUCAAAUUAUGAUUUUGUUGAUCGCUACGUAGCAUGUACAAAAGCAUUGAAGGAUGUUAUCACGGGUCAGUGCACUGCCACUCUAGUCCGGGUACCGAUCUCGAUAAGAUACCAACGAUCAAUAUUUUACUGCAAUGUCUCCA